CAUUCCGGGGUUGUUUUUUUUUUUAUUAAGGCGUAAUUUGGAUGAUAGGCGCGGAGGAUGUAUGCGUCGUUCGUGUGACAUUGUAUUUGGAGGGAAUACUACUUUGGAAUAGCAGUUUUUAAAGGGACCGACACCUUGUUUUUUUUUUUCCUUUCCUUUUGCUGCGGGUUUUUUUUUUUUUUUUUUUCCGUUUUACUUCUCUCUCGUCAUAUGUGCAACAACAUGUCAGACGUUCGCCUCUCUAACGCGAGCCCCACGGUGGAGCGGGUGGACGCGCGGCCGCCGGACAACGCCAGGUCGGUCCGCAGGGUGCUGUUCGGCACACCUGACCCGGAGGAGACGCGGAAGCAAGCGGAGGCUCUGCAGCGGCAGUCCGUGGAGGCUUUUAGGGACACGUACAACUUCGACCCGGUGGAGGACAGGCCGCUCUCUCCGGGGCUCUACGAUUGGCAGGAGGACGAAGACGCGCCGGAGUUUUACCGCAGGCCGCCGCGGGGGAGCCAGCCGCCCCGGGGCGAGGCAGGCGAAGGCAGCCCGGAGACGAGGAGGGAGAGGCGGUCGGCUCACACUAACGGUUCGCGGAAACGAUCUUCAGAGUCUGCAGGUCAUUGCUCUGACGAUUGCACGAGUAACGGCAAGAAGUCGCGUUCCGACAAAGACGACGAUGAAGAGCAGGCGCUCGGUGCAGGAAGCCAGGCAGAGCAGCAGCAGCAGCAGGAGGAGGAGGAGGUCCCAUGCUGAACGGUGCCAGAGCGCUGAGACCUGCCGCUGGAGGCUUCCUCACCAUCUGACAGCAGACGUGGAGAAAAACAAAGCAGCUUUAUCGGAAAGAAGGGAGGAGGAUCAGAAGGCUGCACAAGCACUGAAUAUGUACACUAUUGACUUUUGGCACUCAUAUUUUUUCUAUUAUAAAAUUGCCUCAAAAGCAGCAGACAAUGUAGCAGUGUGCAAAUUGAAUUUUGCUCAUACUUUUUAUAUAUGUAUAUCUAAAAGUAUAUAAAUAUAUACAUAUAUAUAUAUAUCUACUACCUAUGUUUCAGAUGUAGCAAAUAAUUGGUUUUCAUACCUUUUUUUGUGUAAAUGUGUGUAUGUGUGAGUUUGACUCAGGGAGUUGCAGUGCAAUUCCCAUCAGAGAAAUUUGAAAGUUAUUUAGUAUAAAACAAAAAAUGCUAAUUUGUGUCAUUAUUCAGGUAUUUCAUGUAAGUUUUUUUUUUUUAUUAUUAAUAUUAUUCGAGAGAAAGAGAGAGAGAAAAAAAUGCAGAUUUCAAACAUCAGGGUCACAUGGAAGCAAAAAUGUUCACUUUUUCUACAGUGUAGAUGUUGAAGGCCCCACCUGGUCCGCACUGUGUAAGACGAGGAUCCAUGAAACUGGGAACAGCCAUGAUAGAUAAAGUUUACAGUCUUCUUAUCUUCCCUGUUUUUAUUUUAUUUCAUUUUAUUUUCCAAAUGGGAUCAGGUUUGGGAGGGAGGAGAGUUAAAAUUCUUAAAACUGCUGAGUAAUAUCCACCUUUUUUUUUUUUUAAAGAAAUGUUUUCAAAUAAUCUUAAAACGUUUUAUUUUGUAAAAUUCGGUGACUUUCUAUUUCAAUGACGUUCUUGCUCCCCCCUCCGUAGGUAGGUGUGGUCCAGGGUAACAUAGACAGAAAAAUAUGUUAAAACCACUGGGCUUUCUUCUUUAUGCAAAUAUGUGAAUCAAAGAAUGGUGUUGGUGGCGUGACAUUCAUGUGGAACAUGUAAUUAAUUGCACUAUUCAUUCUCAUUUAAGUGAGGGCAGACAUACAAAGUGACACCCCCUCGCUUUGUGUAAAACUUUGAAGUGUUUUUUUUUUGUUGUUUUUUU